CAACUUCCAAAGUUGGAACUGGUUGCGACGGUUCCAUCGUUGGUGGCGUGAAGCUUUCACCCAUGGAAGAGCCAUGGUGUGCACUGAAGGUGGGCAACUGCAGUUGUGAGCUCUACUCUGUGUGGUGCUGCUGCCCCCGCCAGGAGCUUCCCAUCUGCGACGUUGGGUCGGAUCGUUCGGAGCUGGGAUGCAGUAGCUGCGGCCGCACUGAGGCAGCACAGUCGCCCAUUCUGCGAGGCAGAAGCAAGGAGCCUGCGUCGCCCACACGCAUGGCGGUGCACCAACACCUCCGCUGCUGUGGUCACAAGGCACCCAGGUUUCUACAACGGAUGGUCACCAAGUUGGCGGACUUCCAGGUCCCAUGCCUGGAAACUCAUCGUGUGGAAGUCCUGUGCGCAAGUGCAUUGCUGGUGGUGGCAGGCGUGGUUUUGAGCAUGGCAUCCCUGGUGGGCGGCUUGUCGCGCGGAGCGUUGCUGGAACAUCUCAGCUGGAUUACGCUGGAGAACCAAGAGGAGCAAAGUUUCCUCGGUAUGCGCUUCGUGUGUAUCGCGGAGGGGCCCUUGCUGUCGCCUGCCUUCAAUCCCGACUGGUCAGGUACUGACCGAUGUAUUCCUUUGAGCGCCCUAGCGUGCCGGGGCCCCGACCCCGUCGCCUGCGAGGGCCGCCCCUGGGAUCCCAACUGCGGCGCUGCGGCGUCGCGCUGGGAGUCAGCGCAGUGCUCCACGUGUCGCCACGCCGAGAAGGCACUGCUGCUGCCCAUUUUGCUGUCCACCGCAACCUAUCUGAAGGUCAUGCAUGGCGUAGGCAUUCGACUGAGCGGCAAGGACAGCGCCAUCAACAAAGUCAGUGUUUUCUUCGCGGGAGUCCUCGGAUCCAUCGCGAAUUUGUGUUUGAUGGCCACCUACUAUGGCACCUGCAUUCGCACGUUGCAACGUGCGGAGAUCUUCUUGCAACCCAUGCUGGGGCCAGGCUUCGCAUGUGUACUUCUGGCCACCAUUUUUAAGCUGAGCGCCUCCCUGCUGCAACUUUGCCUCCCACUCGAGGUGGCUCCGGCAGAUGAGGAAAGCUCAGAACCCUGAUGUGGCGAUCGUUGGCUGUUGGAGAUGUUGGAGAGGGAAAUCACCACUGGGGAUAAAAGGGGCAUUAAUAGCAUAGUAUG